AUGGGUAUCUUUAUACAUCUCGUCGAUUCAGGCGAGGUCAAGAAUCUUUAUGGCUACCCUAUUUUCGGUACAACUCUUGCACUGCUUUCCCUAGGAAUCUUCCUCCUUUUGUUCAAGGAAUGGUCAAUUCACGGCCCUACAAAUCUUCCAAUUGUCGGAGUUGAAUCCCCGGGCUAUUUAGCACGAGUCAAAGCAAGGCGAAAGUUUGUCUCUCAUGGAUUCCAAAUAGUGAGGGAUGCUUAUUACAAGCACUAUGGAAAAAACUUUGUUAUUACAACCAACAGCAACGAAAAGGUUAUCCUUACGUAUAACCAAGUCAAGGAGCUCUCUAAUGCGCCGGAUGAUACUGUUAGCAUGUCUCAUUCUUCUGCGCAGACCAUGAUGGCACAACAUACUGGAUUGAGUGGCUUUGUGGGAAUCCACUAUGUUCGGGAGGCGGUGAAAGCUGAACUCAAUAAAAAUCUAGGGAAUAUGAUUGGGGAUCUACUAGAAGAGGCACAAUUCGCCCUGCGUACUGAGCUUCCGGGAUUUGCUACCGAUGAAUGGGUGUCGGUGGACAUUCCCGCUGUCGCCCUAAGGGCCGUGGCUCGUAUUAGCGGGAGGGCUUUCAUUGGGCUUCCUUUGUGCCGCAACGAGGAUUGGUUAGCUCUCUCAAUCGCUUUCACCACGGAUGUCUUCCAAGAGGUCAAUAAGCUCACCCCUGUGCCAAAAUUACUCCGUCCAUUCUUUGCCUAUAUUUGGAAUUCAGCCGGGAGUGUCAAGUCGAAUAAAAGAAAGGCGCAGUCACUCCUCGCUCCUGUCAUCCAAAGGCGCCUUGAAGAAGAGGGACUGGCGGAAAAGAAUGGAACCGUUCGUCAGAAUCACCGAGACCUCCUUCAAUGGCUCACGGCUCGCGUUACGCCGGAUCACAAGAACGUCAAUGUCCUGUCCGGGAUGCAGCUGAUGACUGGCCUGGCGUCAAUUCAUACAACAGGUACCGGCUUCACCAACAUGAUUUUCGACCUCGCCGAGCAUCAGGAGUGCAUUCAACCGAUCCGUGAGGAGAUGGAAACCCUAAUUGCCGCAAAUGGAGGAGUGUUGGAUAGGGCGACGCUACGCAAGAUGAGAAAGACCGAUAGCUUUCUCAGGGAAUCCUUUAGGACAAAGCUUUCCCUCCUUGGUUUCAAUCGCAUGAUUAUGAAAAACAUGACCCUCUCCGAUGGCACCUACUUACCCAAAGGGACUCUGGUGGCUGCCCCUGCCGCAAUAUUCUCUUCCGAUCCGGGUUUUGUUGAGGACCCUGAGGUAUUCGAUGGGUUCCGUUGGUACAAAAAGUCUCUCGGAGUUGCGGAUCGCGCGGUAGAUAACAACAACGCAUCCAACACCUCCCCCACCAACCUCAUAUUUAGUUACGGAAGGCAUGCGUGCCCCGGUCGCUACUUCGUUGUUGAGGUGAUGAAGAUCAUGCUCGCUUUCAUGCUCUUGCAGUAUGAUAUCAAGUACCCUGAGGGUCAAUCCCGCCCUCCCAACAUCCAGAUGGGGGAGUUUUCUUAUCCCGAUAGAAGGCAGAAAAUCCUGUUCAGGAAACGUCCGGGCCCGAAGAAAUUUUCGUUUCUGUAG